AUGACGUCCUUCCAGCCUCUCAAUGUCACCUUCUACGAUUACGAACCGUUCUUUCAGUAUACUCCUCAGCGCGCCUCCAGCACUGGGAGCUCGAGUAGUUAUUGGUACCUCUCCAGCGUGAUCAAUGGCGCAGAGACCGGAUCUCCCCAUUACACAUCAUUCGCAGCCAAUAACGCUGUGUUGUUCGAAUGGAUAGGCACUGCUGUUUGGCUAUAUGGCAUCGCGGAGCCCUCUGCUUACACAAUCAGCAACGAAAACAAUGUCAAUCUGACUGUUCCCGCACAGCCUCUUGGUGCAAACGGCGUUCGUUUGCUCUACGGCGAGACUGGCAUGGACUACGGACCUCACAAGAUUCAGCUAAGUGUGUUGGGCAAGUCAACUGUUACUAUUGUCUCUGCCACGGUCACAGUGGGUGUGGGUCCUGAAAACGCCGUGCUCCAGAAUCGUACCAUACAGACAGUCACUAAUACGACGCAAUCCGGCACGCAGUCCAUUAACCCCAUGUUCAGCCAAAUACCUAGCAAUUCAUGGAGCGUCGUAAUCCCAACCAACGCGGAAGUCUCAGUACCAUACAUCAUCACAACACUCCCAGAGGGGGCGCUCACUUUCCAGGUCCAAUCUGCGGCCGCCUUCCAGUUGUACGGGAUCCUGGUCCCCGACUACUCUUCCAUGAUCGUCAGUGUGACUCUUGCGCCCCCUCAGUCUGGAUUCACGGGGACCAGCAUUGGCGGAGCCAACCUCACAUAUCCUGACAUUCGCCCGAACACGUUGAUCUGGAUGCAGACGGGCCUUAAUCAGUCGCAGACAUACACCGUUAUGGUGAACAGCUCAAAUCCGCUCUCCUUCCAGAGCAUGGUCCUCCUGGACGCUGUCCCUACCGCGACCUCUUCCACGCUGCCUGCGUCCCAUACCGCGUCUAGCAGCGCAUCUCCGUCUGGAGCGAGGGACGCUGUAAAGUCCCAUUCCCUCAGCGCCGGUGCCAUUGCCGGAGUGACGGUCGCUGUGGUGGUGCUGUGCACCAUCCUCGUAUCCUACGUCCUAUUCCGCCGCAAACACCGGACGCCCCUCGACAUCAUCCAGCAGCGCCACAGCGCGGUAAGCAUCGAGCCCAAGCCCGAGUCUAAUCUGGAGCUCCUCCACCGCCCGCCUGCAUACUCCGACUGCACCGACCGCCCGGGGCCCGACUCGUCUGCGGACCCCGCGAGCAGCAGCGGCCGCUACACGCAGACAUACUCCACCGCGUCGCUGCUCCCCCCCGGGGAGGGUGGGCCGGCUCUCUGUAAGCCGUUUCAGUCAUCCCCGCUCGCACGCCACGCCGAUGAUUGGCUUGUAUGCUCCAUAGACACCAAGGGGCAAGCGGACGCGUCGAGGCCCCUCCCGAGCCUCCCCGGCACUGCGUCCGGGCAAGCAUCCUCCUCGUACAGCGGCGACAACCCCUGGACCACCGCAGGCUCCAGUCAGGUCGGCGGCGCAACGUCCGUGGUGGACGGCUCACAGCUCGACGACGCGCUGAUGUACGAGGAAGACGCGGGCCCGCUGCCCAUGACACAGCCGCCGCGGUACGAUCCUGCGUGGAGCCCGAGCCCGCCCCACCUGCCCGCCGCGGACAAUGGGGAGCCAUGA